GAGCGACACCCGACGUGUCAACAUGGCGCAGCAGCUGUCAGACGAGCAGGUCGCGGAAUUCAAGGAAGCUUUUUCCCUGUUCGACAAGGACGGCGAUGGCACCAUCACCACCAAGGAGCUGGGCACCGUGAUGCGGUCGCUGGGCCAGAACCCCACCGAGGCGGAGCUGCAGGACAUGAUCAAUGAGGUGGAUGCGGACGGCAAUGGAACCAUCGACUUCCCAGAGUUCAUCCAGCUCAUGGCCCGCAAGAUGAAGGACACCGACAGCGAGGCGGAGCUGAUGGAGGCGUUCAAGGUGUUUGACAAGGACGGCAACGGCUUCAUUAGCGCGGCAGAGCUGCGGCACGUGAUGACCAACUUGGGCGAGAAGCUGACUGAAGAGGAGGUGGAUGAGAUGAUUCGGGAGGCAGACACCGACGGCGACGGCCAGGUGGACUACAACGAGUUUGUCAAGAUGAUGCUGUCCAAGUGAACGGCUGGCAACCCUCCCUCCCGUGCACCGAUGCGCCGCAUACAUGGCGCUGGCAAGCCGGCCCGCCUGGACCCUUUUCAACGCUCUAGCCCCAAUCAGCUUACUCUGUGCUACGCCUCUCUGACCUAUGUGUAACUAUGCGCCAAG